GUUUAAAUUUGGAGGGAAGCAAUUUUCCCAGGGGUUGUAAAGUGGAUACUCAUUCAUAAAAUUGAAAAAAAAGUUAGCGAUCAUGUAAAACUUUACACAAGAGGCUCAGUAAUGGUAAAAACUGUUGUUGGACUGAAGUGAAUUAUUGAAAACAAAUAAGUGUUAAAAAAAGUUUUGAUAACUUCUUCUUCUUGUAGUAUAAGAAUUAUUCCAAGGGUCUACCUGUUGAUGCUGCCGACUGCACCUCUUUAAAGAUAAGAGAGGAAUACACACAAGACUGGAGAAAAGACUACAUGUAUAAUAUGCUGUGAUGUAAAACAGCUGAUGCGAUGGAGAAUCUCUGCCUUCUGUAUUUUAAUUGCUCUAUUAAGCUAAUUGGGGAACUGCUGCUUCACUAAUAUGUGGGAUAUAGAAGGAAUAAACUGGAUUAUAAUUAUUAUAGCAUAAAAAGUCAUGUGAGUUAUUACAUGUUUGUGUAAUUAUCAUCUUGACACUUAUACUUGUAAGUUAAGCUUCGCUAUUUUAAUGAUCUUAUCAAAAUAGCAAGAUGAUGUUUUAAAAAGAGAUAAUAAAUUAAAUAUAUAAAUACAUUAACUUCUGUUCAGUGAGCGGAAAUUUUAUACAGUAAAAUUGCUUUGACAAAUUUUGGAAGUGUCGGAUUUUUUAUGAAAAAAAAUUACAGAAAAAAAAAACCAGCAACAAAGGCUGACAACUUUAACUUUUGUUAGAAAUAGGAUGUAAUUGGAAAAGAUAAAAAAGAACUUGCAUCAACAAAGACAGAGUCCUGGUUUACCCUAAACAAAUAUUUGACAAGGAUUUUAUCCUAAGUACCAGAUUUUAUGGAAAACAAACUCCUUACAACAACAAGUGGACAUUAUUUGACAAUGAGAUUAUGCUUUUUUCCUUCGUUUUCAACAACUGCUAAUUGACCAAUCGUUUGAGGAGAUAAGAUGUUUCUAUAGCAACCAGUAUAAGUUAUGCAAAUAGAUGCAAUUUUUGAGAAGAUAGAUGACAGAAGACACUAGAUUCUGAUUGGACAGUGAGAAAACACUGAAUAUUAUGAAAUUUAAUUAAGGGGGAUUGCAUAUUCAUCGUAACUGUUGACUUAAUUGACAAAUCCUGUAUGGAUAAUAGGACUGGGUUGACACUUGAACCAAAUAAAGAAUCAGUAAGUUAGAAAAGUUGUGAGACAAAGUUUUAAAUUGCACACAGGAAGUCUCUGAGAUGAAAUUAUACGCUUUACCAUUUAAUUUCUAUGAAUGAAACAAUAAUUUAUCUAUUAAUUAAAAUUCAGUGACAAAAGGGUGUAAGAAUCAAUCUUAGUACUUUUUGACAUAAUAUUAUAUAUUGUAUUUUUUAAAAAAGACUACAGGAUGCUGUUGACAGAUGAACUAAACGGGUGAUAUAUCCUGUGUUAAAACUGGUAUUAAUCUGCAGUGCAAAGAUAUAUUAUUGCAUAAAAAAUUCAACUGAUUUAAUAUACUGGUGUUAAUUUGUUGUUAAUUUGUCGGAAAAUGAUUGACAUGAUAGCACAGACGCCUAUAACCCUAAAGACUCCGUCACCAGUGCUGCGCGGAGUUGGCGCUUCUUGGCACAGCCAUGGAAGGCUCAAGCCCCAACCUAUCAACAUAAAGAGAUGCAAUUUACUAGAUGUUCCAGCCACAGCUCAGGUCCCACCAUUGACCCCGGGCACAACCCAGAAAAUGUCUCAGGCCCUCCUGGAAAGCUUCAAAAGCUUUGAGAAAGAUCAGCAAAGGCUCAGCAUACCGAGAGACCCAAUGCAGUGGAACGAGACACAGGUAGUUCAGUGGUUGAAUUGGGCGAUACAUGAGUUCACCCUAGAGGGUGUCAACAUCAGUAACUUUACCGUGCGGGGCAGCGAGCUGUGUAAGAUGGAGAAAGAGAAGUUCCUGAAAUUGGCGCCUCCUUUCAUGGGUGAUAUUCUCUGGGAGCAUCUAGAUAUACUCCAAAAAGAAGUGGCACAGGAUCGCAAUUCCCUGUGUAACGCCCCUCCCACGUAUAGUGAACCCGUGUGCAUGCCAGAAUUCACAGUAAAUAGUCCUGUUGAAGAACAGCACAUGUUUAACCAAGGUUACAACAGCUCCCCAGAACAGAUCUCACCUCCUGUACAGACCAGUCAACAACCACCUUUCACAGAAAAUAAAUGUCAGUACCAGAUCUCAGAUUCUAUGCAAGCAUUGAGUGAUGUAUCUGGAGGGUAUGAUGAAAACUACCAAAGCCUGGAAGAUAUACAUGGAGGUUAUUAUGGUGACCAGAGUCCAACAGAGUUCUAUCCCAUGAUGCAAGAACAGAAAUUCCGACCUCCGCCAUUAAAGAGUAUGUGUAGAGGUCAGUACAUGCCACCCGAGGCACACUCCCAGCCCCAGACUGAGAGUUACUUUGAACCCCAUCAUCAGUAUCCCCAAAUGGUUCCCAGCAUUAAGACAGAGAUGCCAUGGACCCACCACGAUUACCCGGGCUGCAGAGACCUCAAUGGUACCUGGUCUCCGACCGAUCUCAGAACAAAUAUGUCACGGGCAGGGUACCAUCCUCUACACAACCUUGGUGACAUGGGACCACAAGGAAAUGAAGGAAAGCCUAUGAUACAGGCAGCAGCAUUAGCUGGUUAUUCAGGUAGUGGACCAAUCCAACUAUGGCAGUUUUUGUUAGAACAGCUAACAGAUAAGUCAUGCCAACAUUUCAUAAGCUGGACAGGUGAUGGAUGGGAAUUUAAACUGUCCGACCCUGACGAGGUAGCACGUAGGUGGGGAAUAAGAAAAAAUAAACCGAAAAUGAAUUAUGAAAAACUGAGCAGGGGACUCCGUUAUUAUUACGAUAAAAACAUUAUUCACAAAACAGCGGGAAAACGUUACGUGUACAGAUUUGUAUGUGAUCUCCAAAGUCUGCUGGGAUACACGCCAGAGGAAUUGUGGGAAGCAUGUGAUAUCAAGCCACAGAAGGACAAAGAUGACGAGUGAAAGGUCAUGGUUUUAACUAGGGUCAUGGACAAAGUUUAGAGUAAAGGUCAAUUAUGACUGGUAAAGGUCAAAAUAUGACUGCUUAGAGGCAGUUAGUGCCUUAGUGAUUCACGUUCAUUAUAUAUGAACAGUAAUUAACUGUAGAAAAGGUGAAGUAGGGAAAACCACGAGUGGGUUUGAGAGGAGGUGGAGAAAAGGUCAUAUAAAAAUGGCAGCAUCUUACUAACAAAUGGUGAUCAAUUUUUUGUACUGUGUAAAAAUUGUUCUGUUUGUAAAUUUAGACUUGUAAGGUGUAUGUUUAGUCAUGUACAGAUAUAAAAAAAUCUGAUAAAAGUGAGUAAAUUGUCUGAACACACGUGACACAGCGGUAAAGGUCAAAUGGGGGUUGACCUUUAAUGUUUUAAGUACAGAAUGCUGCAUUUUUGAGUAUUGACUAAUUAAAGUGUAUUGUAAUUUUUUAUGAUACAAACAAAACAUAUAUUGUGAUAAAGUAAAUUUUUUGUUACAUAUAUGUAUAUAAUGAAAACAUUAACUAUUUUUAUUAUCUCAAGAUUUUUUUGUAAAUGUUACCUUUUUAUACAAGUUUCAAGAGUAGUUGAGCAAUGAGUGAAUUUCAGCUUUUUUUCACACUGAACUGUACUUUGAUAUUUAGAACAUAUAGAACUUAUUCAGCAUUUGCAAACCUUGUGUAUAACAGGAGAUUUGAAUUUCUUUGAAGUGCAGUAGAGUGCAUUCUGAUGCUUAUUUGAAUAGUAUGACUUUUUAGUGAUUUUCAUUUGCUUUUUCUUCUAUAUUGGACAGAAUAAAUGCGAAAACCAAAAAAUUCACUAAAAUAGUCAAUUUCAAAAGAUUAGAACUUAACCUUGUGUCCCAUAUUUAGUCCAAAGAGAAUAAUAGAGAUGAUAAUUUUGUAUAUAAUAUGACUUUGAAAACUGUAAGUGCUCUUAAAGAGGGUAUAUUUUUUCACACAGGAAAAGUGGCAUCAGUUUACAAAACUUGAUUAAUUUGAUACUAGUUUAUUUGUCAUUAUGAUUAUGCAUAGAAUAAGAUGUAAGAGAUAAUGUAUUCAUGAAUUGUGAAGAUUCAGGGCAGUUGGUCAUAUGUUUAGUAGGAUUUUAACUUCAUUUCCUCUUACUUGAAAAAUAAUUCUACUUAUCCGAAGUUUAUCUGUAUUUUAUGUCAGUGUGCUUGCAUUAUUAAAUUUGUUCUAGUUUUCCACUUUGAUAGUAUAAAAAGGACAGCAACAAUUUCUUUAGAGAUAAAACAUUCAUUUCUCCAUAGUUUAAAAAAAAGAAGUUUGUCUGAGAAAAAUUCAUUGACUUAAGCAUGUUAUUAAAAAACAAUAUUUGCAAUAUAUGAAUUAAAAGUUUUUGUUUGAAAACUGUUACCACAAUUCUAACAAAAUAAGAACCGUUUAGAAUCACGGUGUAUAUCUUAGGAUUAUUUGGGUGUGCAGUAUUUUUUACUCCUAUGUUUAAUUCAUACUGUGUACAAAUAUUGAAUAAAAAUGUGCCUUGUAAAAAAAAGUGCUCUAAACUGUUCAGAAUGUAUUUUUGUUCUCUGACCAGUAUUUGUACAGUAUUUACACUUAUCUUUAAUGCAGGAUAUAGCUUGGGGUUGGAUGUUAAAACAAAAUUAUGCAUACAUUUAAAUUUUAUUCUGAUGAUUUUUUUUUUGAAGAUUACGUUGUGAUGAUUUUAUUGAAGGAUCUUUGCUUUAACAUAAAAUUUUCUUAAUUGAAAAAUUGACUAAAUGCACUUGUUGGGUGAUCUAUAGUCACUUAACUUAUUACUUAACAUGCAAGAAAGUUUUUAUAAUAAUCAGACAUGUUUAAAUUUAUUGUUUGAAACGGAAAUCAUGAGUUUUAUUUUGGAAAGGUGACGUUUGAAACUAAAGUAAAUGCUAAGCUUAACUUAAAGUAAUGUAAUUGAAUUAAGUUUUACUGCAAAUGUUAACAUAGUUUUACAUACAUUUUUCUAACUUUAUAGUGCUGGUAACCUAAGUUAUAUCUUGCAGAUAUUGCUAUUUAUUUAAUGUAUAUAGUAAGAGCAAUGUGUUCAUUUUAUAUGACUUUUCAUGUGUUCAUUUUGUUACUGCUAUGCCCAGAACAACUUACUAAAUAUAGAUGGUAAACUUUUUUAAUAGAUUGUUAUUUUAGUUUUCAGGGAUAUGUGACAGAUGCCUUAAGAACAAACAAUUGAUAUGGUAGCCUUAUGAUACAUGCUAUAUGAUAUGUUGGAAAAUGGGUUGUUGAACUAUUCUUGUUAUAUUAAUAUGAAACAAGGCCUUUUGUUUUGAUUGUGACAGAACUCUUUUAUAUACUCACCAGAUAUCUACAUUUUAGUGACUGUGUUCAUAUACUGUACAAGUGGAAAUACGUGCAAAUUAAGGAUUCUGUUAACCCAAAUGCACCUUAAAAUAUGUUAAAAAUUACAUUAUUGGAUUUUUUUUUCUUUUUCUGAAGCUGAUUAUAGUAGCAUUUACAUACAUUGAAUUCAGUUUCAUAAUGCUGUAUUUUGUUCAUUCAAAUAUUUGUGAACCAAAGUGUGAUGAAAAAUCUCGUACUUUGUACAAAUAUUUGGUAAUUUGCAAUGACUUAAAAUGUGUUCAUAAUUUAGCAAUCUCAUUUCAUUAUGUGUUGUUCUCUUCUUUUUAUUACACUAUAUUUUGAUAGUUUUGUUUGUAAAGAUAAAUAUAAUUCAUGCCACAAAGAGAAAAAUAAAUAAAUAUAAAUAUUACUUUAGAAUUGGUUCAUAGUUUUACAGAAAGGGAUGGAAAACAAAGAUAUAGAUGUUGCCUUAGAAUGUGUUCAUAAUUUGACAAAGAGUGAUGAAAAAUUUAUAUAUAUUCCAGCAUUAUGGUCAGUACUUUGGUAUAGCCAUGAAAAGUCUUUUUACAACUUUUACAGAACACAUCAAAUGGUAGUUCAUUUGGCAACCAUUCCGAAAAAUAGCUUUGUACCAGUAAUGUGCACUUUUAUAGAUCAUUUAUGCAAAUAUUUAGCAGUUAAAGUCUUUAAAGAUAAAUCUACGUUAAAAAAGUGAAAAAGACCUUAAUUAGUAGGCAGAAAAGACAGUAUUAAAAAUGAGAAUGCUGGAAUAAGUUUGAAAUAGAUUUCAUAAAAUAGUUACUUGCAUAAAACAUAUUUACAUGAAUUUAAUAUAGAACAGAGCUAUUUUGAAAAAAAAAAAAUACCCAGCAUUUUUACUUUGUUAAAAAUCAUGGUGAAAUACAUGAUUUGUACAUUUUACAUCACCAUCUUGUGUUUUCUGUUGUUUUUUUUCUCAGUUUCUUUGUUCAGUUUGCUAUAUAAUUCUUUUUUAUUAAUUGAGCUUUAUUGUUAAUUUUUGAAAGUUUAAAGCUUCCCUUUACAAUAUUAUAUAUGCAAAAAAAAAAACUGUUUGCCAUUAGAUUUUGUUCAUUUCAAGAGAUUUCAAUAUAGAUGUGUUCAUUUUCCUGAUAUUCAUCAUUUUUAAGUCUAGUCUACAAUAUAAGCAUACCAUUUUGUGUUCAUCUAACUUUCAACAGACUGAAGAUUCCCCUUGUAGCUCACUGAGAUUACUUCUAAAACAUGGGUAACCAUUCCAUAACAACAUUUAAACACUUUUAAAUAUGAUUUAAGUUUCAGCAUUUAGUUUAGAAAUUUAGUCUAAGGAAAUAUUUGCUUAAAACAAAAAUAAUGUUAAAAUAUAAGUUUUCAAAAAAAAAAAUGAAUUAAAUUAAUACUUUGAAAAUAAAUUAAAGUAAAUAAAAAUACUUAAGUAAACAUAUAAAAAAGGGCUUACAAAGGGGAUUACUCAAGGCUCUGUUGCUUUAAUCAUUUCAUCAUAAUACUAAACAAGGCAACAUGACACCUCAUUAUGUUGUUGUUGUUGUUGUUGUCAGACUUGACAUAAUUACAUGAGAAUAUUACCAAUUUCCAAUUAGUUAUAAACCGAAACUAGUGAUAUAUUUUUUGUAUGGUAUAAAUCUUGUGUAGCAUAUGUAUGUAACAAUUUGCUGAAAGCAUAAAAACUGUUAAAUAAAGAGACUGUACACUUUUCA